CUUGAAUAAAUUCUUAUUUUCAUUUUCAUUCUCAUUCUCAUUUCUAUUUUGGUAUCGUUGCAUUGCAGAGUAUAUAAAAAGAAAAUAAAGUUUGUUGCAACAAGGUUACAACACCACAAAUUUAAAGAUGUCAAAGUACGACACAGAACUCAAAGACUUCGGGUCACUUUUCUCUCUAAAGGGAAAAAUUGCAGUGGUUACUGGUGGAUCUCUACAUGGUUAUAUGUUGUUUGUGCCUAUAUAUUGGAAAUUCACCAUAUCCUAUCAUUCUGGUCACUCUGAUCAUUCCCAUCAUUCAAACCCCCUUGUCCACUCCCUCUCCCUCCCCUCACCCCACACCCCACCCGCUCCACACUCUUCUCUCCUCCCCCUCCCCACCCAACUACCCCUCCCCUUCCCUAGAUUCCUCCAAGCCGGCUGCACAACCGUCUACAUAACCUCCCGCGAUGCCUCUGCCUGCACAUCCGCAAUCACCACCCUAAAUUCCCUCCCCAACCUCUCACCAAACGCAAAAGCCAUCUCCAUCCCAGCAGACAUAUCCACCAUCGAAGGAAUUACAUAUCUCGUAUCCGAAGUAUCCAAAACGACAGAUCGUAUUGAUAUAUUAUUCGCAAAUGCAGGUGCUUAUUGGGGGGAAAAAUUGGAUACCCAUCCUGAUGAAGAGUUUGCUAAGGUUAUGGAUUUAAAUGUCAAGAGUGUUUUUGGGACUGUGAGAUUGUAUGUUUCUUUUUCCUUGCAAUGAUGUUCGCGGUGAUAUGUAUGCCUUGGAUGGUAAUUUGGGGAGGUAUUAAUGUGGCGAAAUAUAGAUUCGCGCCGCUUCUUCAGAAGGCUGCUACUCCCGAAGAUCCUUCUCGAGUGAUAGUAACAGCAGUAAGUAUUCCAAUCCUUAUAUCCCUUCCCCACAGCCACAACUGACCCUCCCCUCCCCAGUCCAUCGCAGGCCUCGUCGUCACCCCUCCAUCCGCCUUCUCCCCAAUCGGCUACUCCGCCUCCAAAGCGGCCGCCAUCCACCUCACGCGCUGUCUCGCCAUGGAACUCGGUCCGCGCCACAUCCUCUGCAACGCUUUAUCUCCGGGGUAUUUCCCAUCCAAAAUGGCCGAUGGCCUUAUAGAAAAGCAAGGAGGAGCGGAGAAACUAGCAAAGGUGAAUCCGCAUGGGAGAUUGGGGAGACCGGAGGAUAUCGCCGGAGCGGUGGUUUAUUUGGCUAGUAGGGCGGGGAGUCAUGUUAAUGGGGCUAAUUUGGUGUUGGAUGGUGGGGAAGUGUUGGGUAGAAGUGGACCUGAGGAGUAAAUUUGAAUGAAAUGGUAGAGAGAGUUUGAUAUUUAGUAGAAUGACAGUGUCGAAUUACAAAUAAAAUACAAAUAGCGAUAAAAUGAUCCUGCAA